CUUACGAACAAAUUCAACAUGAAAAUGAUCAACUAAGAGAGAAAGUUAAUUUUUAUGAACGUCAUUGGAUGCCUAAACCUAUUGGAUCUGCUUUGACUUAUUUUGUUAAUGAUGAAUAUGAAAAGAAAAAAAAAGAUAAAUUAAAAAAAAUCUCUCUUGUACUGAAUAUGAAUUUAGAUGAAUUUGAAUCAUUCGAAGACCCAAAGCACAUUACGAUAACUUGUCGACAAUUAGUAAAGUUUUUGUAUCCAGAUGUAAAUCAACGUUCUACAAUGAAAAUAUCAUCCAUGUCGAAAGAACAUGUUAAAGCUAUACGUGAAUAUGCACGGCUUGCCCAUCCAAAUCAAUCACAAACAUCGAAUUUUAUUUUGAAUAAUGCAAUUGGCAAUGUUUUUUCAUCAGAAAGAGACAAACAAAAAAAAUCUGGAUCCAAAUCACGUUGA